AUGGAGUUUAAAAAUCUAUCUGUUUUAGCUCUCUUUUUGUUGGUUCUGGUGGGAAUUCAUGGAUCUAACUCAGGAGAAGAAUAUUGGAAAUCUGUUUGGCCAAACACUCCUAUACCUAAGGCACUUUCGGAUCUCUUAUUGUCUGGAACCGAUAUGCCUAUCAAAAUUCAAGAAGAGAAUCAAUAUUGGACUAUCUUUUUUGAACAUGAUCUAUAUCCUGGGAAAACAAUGAACUUAGGCAUUCAGAAACAUUCAGAUAUCCAAUCAUCAAAAUCAUCAACAUAUCUACCGAUCAGAAAAACGUGUCAGACUUUGAGGACUCACAAAUGGUUUGAAGAAACACCAGAAAAAGAAAAUCAACCUUUUGGAUUGUGCAUAUGGUUUAAAAAAGAAACUACAACAGAAAAUCAACCUUUUGGAUUUUGGGCAUGGUCUAAAAAAGAAACUACGAAAGAAAAUCAACCUUUUGGAUUUUGGAUAUGGGCUAAAAAAGAAACUAUAAAAGAAAGUCAACCGUUUGGAUUUUGGAUAUGGUCUAAAAAAGAAACUACAAAAGAAAAUCAACCUUUUGCAAGAGAUACACAAAAAGAAAAUCAACAUUCUGUAGCAUACACAUCUGAUGAAAAAGAAGCUCACAUUAUCGAUAACUAUUGUAGAACCCCGUCAGCAAUAGGGGAAGAAAAACAUUGUGCUUUAUCACUAGAAUCAAUGAUGGAUUUUGCCAUUUCAAAGCUUGGAAAGAAUAUCAAAGUGAUGUCAAGUUCCUUAGUUCAAAAUCAGGACAAAUAUGAAGUGGAGGAAGUUAAUAAAAUUGGAGACAAAGUAGUAAUGUGCCAUAGAUUGAAUUUUAAAAAAGUUGUAUUUUAUUGCCAUGCAGUAAAUGCUUCAACAACUUACAUGGUCCCAUUGACGGCCUCUGAUGGAACUAAAUCAAAAGCACUUACUAUUUGCCACCAUGACACUAGAGGUAUGAAUCCUAAUGUGUUACAUGAAGUUCUCAAUGUUAAGCCAGGAACUGUCCCUGUUUGUCAUUUCAUCGGCAAUAAGGCUAUUGCUUGGGUACCUGAUAUGAGUGAGUCUGGUGGCCAUCCUUGUGUCGUUUAG